AUGGCCGCGGACAAGGACGACGAGACGGGCGAGCAUGCUCGUGGACAUGGCGGACGAGCAGCAGUGGCGGCAGCGGAAGAAGCGACAGCGUCAGCGGCUGCAGCGGCUCCAGCGCCUGUGGGUGACGCGCCGCCAAGCAGCCCAGCGCGGGUAGCCGCCGUCCUCUCGGCACCGCCUGUGCCCGCUGGAGCAGCAGCAGCAAUUGCGACUCCACCACUGCAGCCCGGCAGUCGAGGCGUCGACUUCGCGACAGCUUCAUCCACUGCCGCCCUGCCGCCGCGGCCGCUCAGCAGCUCGGAGCCGCACCGCGUGCACUACGACCUCUCCCUCGACACUCGAUCCUCGACCCUGCUCCCCUCGCGCGCGGGCGACACCGCCGCCAGCAAGCGCCACCGCUCCGACACCGACACAACCAGCUCUGGCCUCGACGCGCUUCGGCCCGUCGCGUCGUCCAGCUACGACGCCCACGGCCCGCCGUCCCCCUCGGUCCUCCGUCGUCGCAGCACCCGCGCCGCGACGCUCACCACGCUCGACGACCACGAUGACUUCGACCCGGCGCCCUACGGCUCCCGCCCGGGCUGGCAGCCCGGCUCGGAGCCCGGCUUCGACCCACAGCUGCCCGACGGUGGCCACGCCUCCAUGCCCGCCCUGAGCGCCCCGUGCGAAAUCACCGUCGUCGACUUUUCCCGUGACCGCGUGCUCAAGCGCCACUUUGACAACGACGGCUUCGUGCGCUUCGUCUCGGAGCCCAAGGAGCCGUGGGCCAAGUGCCGAUGGAUCAACGUCAACGGCCUGAGCUGGGACGUGAUCCAGGCCGUGGGCACCAACAAGGGCUUGCACAAGCUCGCGAUCGAGGAUAUCAUGAACAUACGCAACCGCACAAAGGCCGACUGGUAUCCCAACCAUGCCUUCAUCAUCAUGACGCUGCAGAAGCUGGUUCAUGUGGUGGACAACGACGACUCCUCGUCGAGCUCCUCGUCGGGCUCGCAAGGGGGCAGCAUCUUCACACGCUGGAUACCCAGCUGGCUGCGCUUCUGGGGCCCUAGCGACAAGAAGCUCCGCGCCGACCUCGAGAAGCACCUCAACAGCGCCAAGGGGGGCCCCGUCCUCUCCGACGGCACCACCCUCGAGGAGACGGCCAUGCUGCGCUCCCUGCACCAGUACCACGCGUCGGGCAACGAGGCGCGCACCGACUUCAUGGAGAAGAACUCGUCGCUCGCGCCCUACAACAUGGCCGUCGCCGCCGAGCAGGUGUCCAUCUUCCUGACAAACGACAACACCGUCAUUUCCUUCUUUGAGAUCUCGGCCAGCGACGUGGAGCGCCCCAUCGUCACCCGCCUCAGCAACCCGGGCACCAUCCUGCGCGAGUCGUGCGACGCCUCGCUGCUUGUCCAGGCCAUCAUCGAUGCUGUCAUUGACCUCGCCCUGCCCCUGACGGCUGUAUAUACGGACAUGCUCGGUGACCUCGAGCUCGACGUGUUGACCGCCCCCUCCAUCAAGCAGUGCCGCUCGCUGUACAUUUGCAUCGCCGAGAUCAACAAGAUGCUGCGCUUCAGCCCCAUCGACAAUCUCGUCAACGUCCUGCGCGACCACCGCACUCCGCUCACGCAGGAGCAGGCGGCCCGCGUCCUUGAGGACCCUGCUUCGGGUGUCAUCGUCACCCCCAUGACGCACACCUACCUCGGCGACGUCCUCGACCACUGCGUCAUCAUCACCGAGGCCAUGCAGCAGCUCAAGCAGUCGAGCGAGAACCUCAUCAACCUCAUCUUCAACACCAUCACGGCCACCCAGAACGAGUCGAUGAAGCAGCUCACCACCGUCACCAUCAUCUUCCUGCCCUUGACGUUCAUCACUGGCUUCUUUGGCCAGAAUUUUGCCGAGGAUCAAUUUCCCGAGAUUCAGAACGGCAUCUGGUACUUCUGGGCCGUUGCCGUUCCGACGGCCGUCGCCACGAUACUCAUCCUCAUGCGCGAAAUGAUUUACGCCUGGUUCGUCCGCAUCAUUCAGCGCAAGCGCAUCCUCAGCAGCCGCAGGAGGACCAAGUCGCGGCGUCGCAACCAGCGCAUGGCUAGAACGUAG